AUGGAUCCCAUUGCCAUUGUCGGCGGCGGCCCAUGUGGGCUAACAUUCGCACGCUUACUCGAGACCGCCGGUAUCAACUAUAUCGUGUUUGAGCGAGACGCAUCUUCAAAGCCAACACCCCGUUUUCAGGGUGGUACCUUGGACCUGCAUGCUGAAACCGGACAGAAAGCACUGCGCCGAGCAGGUCUUUUCGCCGAGUUCGAGAGACUAGCGCGCCGCGAUGCAAUGACGAUGGUUGUUCAAGACUCUCAAGGCAACCACCGCACCACCUUUGGCGAGACCCGUGAUGCACCAGAGAUUGAUCGCCUACAGCUGCGGCAGAUGCUGCUCGACUCUAUUCCAGCGCAUCGUAUUCGCUGGGGCAAGACCCUCUGUUCUGCAGAAAGUGAGAGCAGUACACAAUCUGGCGAUGUCAGCUUGGUGUUGCGCUUUGCUGAUGGCACGACUGAAAGAGGGUUUAGUCUCGUUGUUGGGGCUGAUGGUGCCUGGAGCAAAAUACGCCAGCUGCUUACACCAGCCAAGCCGCAAUAUUCAGGCAAGAUAUUUAUCGAGGGCCGGUUAUCACUCGAUAACCCGCAAUAUAGUGCAGCCCUAGAGAUGGUAGGGGCCGGAAAUUCAAUGGCUACGGGUGCUAGGCAGACACUCUGUGUACAGCAAAUGGCCGAUCGUUCAUACCGCGUAUACAUGGGUCUUGUUGCACCUGAGACGAUAGCCCGUGCUGGUGGAGAGAUUGAUGUAAAUGACAUGAGCAAAGCCCGCUCUGCGAUGCUCGGUCCUGGUGGAUUCUUCGCCAGCUGGGCCCCAGAGCUGCGUGCCUUCGUCGACGCUGCUGAGGGACCGUGGCGCGCUUGGCCUCUCUACCGUCUUGAUCCAGAUACGUUCCUGUCUGCGGCAGGAAGCGAUGAUAAGGACUCGGGGCGAUGGGUGCCUGCCCAUGACGUGACAUUGCUGGGCGAUGCUGCGCAUAUUUCGAUCCCCAAUGGCGAGGGUGUCAAUCAAGCCAUGUAUGAUUCGUUGGUACUAUUUGAAAGCAUCAUGAACGAGCUGAAUAAUGAGGAGGCUGGGUUUGAGUCUGGAAAGGAGGAUGGAAAGGCGGCGCUUGCGCGGGCUGUCAUUGCAUAUGAAACCGAGAUGCUUCCUCGAGCUCGUGAUUAUAUCCUACGCUGUAUCGAAGAUGAAGGCAUGUUCUGGGGUGAUGAUGCUGCUUCUCGCUUGGCUGAAAUGUUCAACCAAGCUUCGGGGCAGGUCAAUGUAGAGCAUACUUGA